UGCUAUGCAGCGAGAUUCGGCCAGCCAGCCAUCCAGGCAGAGAGGGAGGGAGGCUGGCUCGGCUCCCGUGCAGCUUCCUCGCCGCCGACUGUGCAUCUCCGAGCGCGAGCGGCCAUCCUCACCGCCGAUCAUGUGCCUGCGCUCAGGAAGUCGGCCUCGUUCCUCCCCCGCCGCUUCGUCGUUUGUCUGCGCCGGCUUGAGCAGCUUUUGACGCGCGGCCGCUGCUGGUUGGAAGCCGGCUCCUCAUCCUCCUCGCACAGUCGCAGCUCAUGGAGGCCCCGGCGGAGGAGGCUCGGGAGUCGUUCCCUCUGCCCACUCUCACCCCGGCCGUGCCCCCUUACGUGACCCUGGGUCUGACGGUGGUCUACAGCGCCUUCUACUCGCUGCUCUUCAUUUUCAUCUACGUCCAACUCUGGUUGGUGUUGCGCUACCGGCACAAGCGUUUCAGCUACCAGACGGUGUUCCUGUUCCUGUGCCUGCUGUGGUCGGCCCUGCGCACGGUGCUGUUCUCCUUUUACUUCAAGAACUUUGUGACGGCCAACACUUUGGGGCCUUUUCCGUUCUGGCUGCUGUACUGCUUCCCCGUGUGCCUGCAGUUCUUCACACUCAGCCUCAUGAACCUCUACUUUGCACAGGUCGUGUUCAAGGCCAAGUCCAAAUAUGCACCAGAGCUCCUGAGGUACAGGCUGCCACUCUACCUUGUCUUCCUGUUCAUGAGCAUGCUGUUUUUAGCCGUCAACCUGGUGUGCGCCAUGCUGGUGAGGACAUCCUCUGUGGACGCCCGCACCGUGGUGCUGGUGAGGGUGGCCAUCAAUGACACCCUCUUCGUCCUGUGCGCCGUCUCGCUUUCGCUGUGUCUCUACAAGAUCGCCAAGAUGUCCCUGGCUAACAUUUAUCUGGAAUCCAAGGGAACGUCGGUGUGCCAGGUAAGUGCUAUAGGAGCCGUCGUCAUCCUCCUGUACACGUCCAGGGCCUGCUACAACCUGGUGGUUUUGGGACUCUCAAACAAAAGCAUCAACUCCUUUGACUACGACUGGUACAACGUUUCUGACCAGUCAGCAGGGAUAGGCUCACCAGUAACCCUAACGAAGACAAGUGCCAUGGGGAAAGCAGAUUUACAGUCCACCCUGGGUGACACAGGCUAUGUCGUCUUCGGUGUGAUCUUGUUCGUAUGGGAGCUGCUCCCCACUUCCCUUGUAGUUUUCUUCUUCAGAGUUCGCCAGCCCAAGCUGGACAGGACCGGCUCGGGGCUUCCCGGUCACGUCUUCUCCUCCAGGGCUUAUUUCUUCGACAACCCUCGACGUUACGACAGUGACGAUGACCUAGCGUGGAGUGUCAUGCCUCAGAACAUCCAAGCCAGCUUGGCUGCCGACAGUUACGAGUGGGGGAGCCAGAGCAACAGCAUCAGUGCGUACGUCGGACGGGACGACAUUUACCACCUGCCGCCUCCUCCAGAGGAGCUCAGCCAUUACUGAUAAGAGGUCACAAUGACUUUAUUGACUCCAAAUGUUUUUUGCACACUGUUAUUAUCCUCGUGAAGCACACCAGACUCGAUACGUUCACAUUAGUUCCGGAGAAGAACAACUGCCAGUUUAUGAAGGACCACUGAUGGGAAAAUAAUUUGCACAAUCCAUGUACAAAGAGGGCCCAAUCUUACUGCUCAUGUGUUUAGUUUAUAUUGAUGUCUGAUUAAUAUAUUCUCUGACCUUUUGCAUUAUGCACUGUAUCUGGAUGUACGCGUGUUCCUUUUCAUACUGAUUUCUUAAUAUAGAUGAUAUAGUUGAAAUCAUUAAAUAUGGCAAAAAUAGAUUGUAGUAAACUGUAUUUUCCCUUUUAUUUAGCAACACAUGUUGUGCUAAAUAGACAGGAUCAACUCUAGAGAAAAGGUGGAUACUUUUUGUGUCUGCAAUAAUAUAUAGGUACAUCCCAGUAAAUUUGAAUUUUGUAGAAACGACAAUUGAAGUAGUUUAAUUCAAAAAGUGAAACUCAUUAUAAAGAUCAAUUGAAGACACGCACAAAUACUUUUUAAAUGACCAAAUACUGAUCUAUUUUCUAUUAAAAUGUUUGGAUUUUUUAAAUGUAGUAUUCAAAUUUCUUGAAUUGCAGGUUUUUGUUAGCUGUGAGCUAAAUGAUCCAAAUUAUAAGAAACAAAGUACAGUAAACCAAUAUAAUAAUUGUACAGGGAUUUCACUUUUUGAAUUGAAAUACUAAUAUACAUUUCUGUGUAAAUUCUGAGUCAUCCAAUUCAUGGUAGUCUGCAAAAAUUUAAUCGUGGAAACUGGACUUUCCUUGUUUCACUUUUAAUCCAAAAGGCUUCUUCAGCUCUGAAUAUUUUAGGUGUGGAGUCGGUUUUAUGGCUCGGUGGUCACAAGAGGGUGUUGUUGUUGCCCGUCGUGGCUGGCGAACAAACGUCCUGCAUACCAACUGAUCGUUCCCCCGACUGGUGGCAAAACAGCUCAUUAGGGCCGCUCUUCCUGUGGAAUGAACAGUCUGCGGCGGGAAUGAUGUCAGGACAUUGCUAUAAGCAGACGACAGACGCGAUGCCUAAAACCUCCUCCUCUGUUUAGAGAUGGCUUUUCUCGUUUGACAAAAGAUGGCUACUUUUAUACUGUUCUCAAACCAGCAGUUCUCCCUAUCCCAAAAUUUGGACGUCAUUAUCCUCAAAUGAAUGACCCUCCUUUUUGAGAUGCAAAUGAACAGUUGACUCUGGAUGCCAAGAAGCUUCUUGUCGAUGUUGUGCCAUGUGCUUGUAAAAUUAGUAAGUCAAGACAUUUAUAAUUAGAGUAAAUUAUGAAAUUUGUAUUUUUGAUGGCAGGUAAACAUAUGUCACGGCAAUUUUUAAAUAUUUUUGAUGCCAUGUAAAUAUAUGUUGUUACACAACUAAUUUGUGCAAAUGGAGUACAAAAGUAAAAAAACAUCUGAGAGCUAUGUAUAGGCUGAAAAGGUAAAGUGCAUGUAAACUUUAAUGUUUAUUUUCUUUUGGAAAUUAACAAAUGUACACAAUAAUUUAUUAGCACAUAUGGAGUACAAAAGUAAAUGUAUGAUGACAGCUCUGUAUUGCAAAAGUGCAUGUAUAUUUAAAACAUGUCUUUACUUCUUGGGGUUAAGGUUACUAUCAUUAUUUGCAGGGUUUUUAAGUAAUACCUAAUUAAGUAGCAUGUUUGUGGCCUUGUGACAAUUGCCAGCACUUUCUUUGUCACACCCCAUUCAUUUAUUGCCUCUGUCAACAAGUUUGCUAUAUUGCUCCCUGUGUGGCUUCCGUUGCAGCAUUGUAGUCUGCAGAACACCAAUUCCCACUCGUUAGAAAUUAAAUGAGAAGUACAGUAGUAGUUAUGUACAUAGGGGUCAGUCGGUCUGGAAGCCCAACCAUCACAUGUAAGUGGCAUUCUUCCUGUCGAUUUGAGCCUAGUGAGGCUAAGCAGUAAGGAAAAUGGAUGGAUAUUUAAUUGCUGGGGGGAGUGUUGCAAUGCAUUGAUGAAUCGAUAUUUUUACUCACCCCUGUGCUGUGAUCCAUGAUAGGGAGUUGUUUUGUCAUGAUGGUGAAGUUCCUUGGCUAACAAACCUUUCUGAGUUAGAAGUCUGUUAGAUCAAUUCCUUGCCCAUCUUUCAUGGCUGAUGGGAGGCGAGCCUUGUUCCAGUGGAAUGGUUGUCGUUGCAGUGAGUAGAUCUUGGUAAGCAGGAUGGUCAUUCAAAAUUUAGAAUCGAAAACUUAAAAGGUGAAACAUCAACAACAAAAAAAGUCCAAUUGCCUCAAUUUAACCUUGGCAGAUUACUUUAAUAAAUUACAUGUUCCGCCAUACCUGUAUUUUAAUUCAUUGAGAUGCAUCUGUACACACAUUGGCCACACUUUCACAACCUAAAGAUAAGUUGUGUAAAAACAAACAAAUUUUGUUUAACACUGUUAAAGGUAUGAAUUCAUUUAUUUUAGUUAGCAGUGUUGUACAACCUACCUGUAAAUGCAAAGUUUACUAUAACUGAGGAUGUUUUUUUAUAGUAUGUAGUGACCUGGGCUGAGGAAAAAGAGCAACAGGCCAUAUUUGCACUCAUUUUAUUGACACUGUUAUAAGGCUAAAGUCCAAAAUGUAUACAUAUGUAUACAGAGGGUAACUUAAAAUUUGUUAAAAAUGGAAAAAUUAAAUACUGUGUGGUAAUUUCACAUCUUUUGACUGCUGGUUUAUCACCAAAUGAAACACUUAAAAAAUAAAAUAAAAUCCUCUUAAUAAACUUAUCCAAAAGGCGGCUCCUUACUCAAUAUACAAUACAGUAGCAAUAUUUAUGAUGACUGUAUGACAGCUUUGACCAAAUUAAUUACUCACCUUUUGUGAGUAAUAUCCAUUAUAUGGAACUUAUCUGGAGAUAAAUCAUCAAGCGUGCUAUACAAUUGACCUCCCGCAGGGGGCAGCAUACAACUAGAUUUUCUGUAAACGAGACGCUAUUCGGUGAGUGUAUGAUUUCAAACAGCUUUUUGAUGAAGAGGACAAGAAAGUCAAAAUAAGACCAUUGUCUUUCUCUCAGGAUAAAUGUGUUUUUAAUCCAUCUCAUUCCUCACUGUUGCAAACUCAAGCACAUUUUCCAGACAGUAGUUUAAAAAAGAUGAUUCCAUGAGAAAAGCAUAAUGCAUUGAGGUUCUGCAGAAUGCUGUACCUUUUAAGGAAUUCACUACGAGAUGAGCUUGAUUCCUGUGAGUUGUGUGAAAAGUGUCGGUUGUGGCGCAAAUGUUCAACUUUGAAAAAGACGGUGGGCCGAAAAAGGGAAAUAAAAAACACACCAUCCCUUUCAGUACAAUGUCAUGACAUUCAAGGUCCAUUGGGUUGUCAAGGUUGACUGAAUAUGAACACAAUUGGCUGUCUAUGUUU